AUGAAGUUUGAGCGCAUGCCCAUUGAGAUUGAGUCGCCCGAGGAGUAUGGCUACGACAAGAUCAAGUACAAUCUCUCAGAAAGUUCCGUUACCGACCAGACACUCGAGUCACUGGAUAUCAAGAUACCGAAUCUCACCCUGCUGUACAAUGAACACCGCGGCGAGACCAAGCUGCGAAAGCUCGUCGCCGACGACGCUGGUGUGAGUGCUGACGACGUUCUUAUCACGUCAGGGGCUGCUGGGGCGCUGUUCAUCAUCACGACCUCUCAAUUGGGUAGCACCCCCAACUCAGAGCGUAACCAUCUUGUCGUGGUGCGUCCCAACUAUGCAACCAAUCUGGAAACUCCCAAGGCUGUUGGCUGCGAGAUCUCAUAUAUCGAUGUUACUUUUGAGAAUGGCUUCCAGCCCAACAUCGACGAGGUUGAGGCUGCUAUCAAGGCCAACACUCGGCUGGUCUCGGUGACAUGCCCACAUAACCCUACUGGCUCCACCCUCUCUCGAGAGGCGCUCGAUAGGCUUGUUGCUAUCACAAAGAAGAAGGGCGUUUUGUUACUCGUCGAUGAGACGUAUCGGGAUAUCGCAUUUGCCGAAAAGCUCCCUGUCGCCGCCUCUAUGGGCGAUCAUGUUCUGAGCGUUUGCUCGCUGUCAAAGUCCUUUGGCAUGCCUGGAGUCCGCAUCGGUUGGCUCAUCACCACGAACAAGACACUUCAGGAAACAUUUCUUGCUGCAAAGGAACAGAUCAGCAUCAGUGGCAGUGUCAUCAACGAGUGGAUCGCCACCGAUGUCUUGUCCCGGCGUGAGAAGAUCUUGAGCGACACAACGCAUGAGAUGAGGGCCCGACUUCAGAUGGUUGAGUCUUGGAUCGAAAGCGAGGAGCUGCUGGAAUGGGUCAAGCCGACUGGAGGCGUUGUCUGCUUUUCCCGUAUCAAGCAGGAACCCAAAGGUGGGUUUUCGGCGUUCUACGAGAGGCUUCUCAACAAGCAUGCGACAUAUGUUGGACCUGGUCAUUGGUUUGAAAUGUCAGAUAGCUUUUUCAGGCUCGGCUAUGGAUGGCCCACUCGGGAGGAGCUUGAAGGAGGCAUGAAGGCAAUCUCUGCUGCGCUGCGAGAUGAGUAG